AUGACAAACCUUUCCUAUCUAAAUUUGUCCAACAAUCAUUUCGACUCCUCUGUUCCAGUCGAGUUCAAGAACCUCUUCUUCUUAACCGACCUCGAUCUCCACUCGAACAGCCUCUCGGGAAAUUUAAACGCGCUUUUCGAAAAAUCAUCCCAAUAUACGCUUGGGAUGUACUCCUCGAUCGACCUUUCUAACAACAUAUUCAGUCUGCCCAUCGACGAAGACAUCGGGAACAAGCCAGUCAUGAAAUACGUCGAGACUUUGAUUUUGUCCGGCAACCCUUUGGGCGGUAAAAUACCGACAUCGCUCGGGAAGUUGAGGUAUUUGAGGAAGCUCGAGAUGGAGAAAAACAGGCUCGUCGGCGGAAUACCCAUGGAGGUUUUGAAUCUCAAGUAUCUCAAGAGUUUUAAUGUUUCGUACAAUCGUUUGAGCGGGAAAAUACCGGCUCAUAAGGUGCAUAUUCCGGCUUCGGCUUUCGAGGGGAAUGCCGGUUUGUGUGGGGAACCGCUUCCUCCGUGUAAGAAGUAG